AUGACGAGUUUCAUGAAACUUGGGAAUGCGCAUGGUCGUUUCAAAGGCAUUCGACCUGUGCUUUAUUUUUCUCGUUUGCAUAAUCGGGAUCUUUUUACUACCUCAAAGGUUCAGCUCUCAAAUAAUUCAAAUGAAACCUUCGAAGAUUCGACUUAUAAAGGACUCUUUUAUCACCUCACGAAUGAUAUGACCAAUUACUUACUUUCUUUCAUUUCCGAUCCUAGCAAAGUUGCUAGGAAUGAAAUAGCAAUAAUUGGCUGGGUAGCAGCUCAUGAAAAAGUACCAAAAUUAAAAUUGCAAAGUUUUAAAGAAAAUAAAAAAUUCGAAAAGUUUCUGCAUCAAGUUAUAGCAGAUAAUGUAGCAACCGCGGACCUGCAAUUACAAGCUUUGGCCAAGUACCAAAAAGAUGGUUGGCUCAAUAUUGCCGAUGCCCGAGAUCCACCACCAUGGGGACGCAUACCUUUCCCGGAAGACAUCUUUGGAGUGGUUCAAGUGAGAAAUGGAAAGAUCGUUCCUGGAACAUAUCAAUCGAUGCCAACACAUCGCAUCUUGACAUCUAAAGGAUUAUUUAUACUGAGCGAUCCACUUCAUAGAAAAUUAUUGGAAAAACUGAAUGAGAUUUGUCAAUAA